AUGGCGGAGGCGGCGGAGUUGGAUCCCCUCGAGGGCAUCCCAGCAGGCGGUGCCGCUGCUUCACUGGACAACGGCGACGGCGUUGCCGCCAACACAGCAACCGACGUUUCCCGUACAGUUCCGAAUUGCCCCAAGUGCGAGCAAGGCAUGCUGUGGAGCGACUUCAGCGGGCCCCCCUACGACGCGUCGUACGGGUGGGGGUGCGUCAAAGUAGAAGACCUGCAAGAACUGGAGGAAGAACUGCGGGGCCUAUCGGUGGCACUGCAGCCGGUGCCCAGAGGACCUGUGCAGAAGGUGCAGCGUGUCCGUCCCGGCCUCAGCGCCCACCCAGGUGGGGAAGCUCGCUGGGGCCAGCGCGGAGGUCAGCGCCCGAAGGGCAUCGACAUCAUCUUUCUCCUCUUCACUGGACGCGGCGUUCUUGACAGUCGACCCGGCGGAGGGCACUGA